AUGCAAAACAUGCUUACGAUCCUCACAAGCGUAUUUAGGGGGAGCCUCAGCAAGAAUGGUGCCCAAACAGUGUCAGAGGGCAGUAAAGUGGUGGUGUCAGCACGUACCUACGCUGACUUCACUCCCCAGGCCAGCUUUGAUAUCAAGAAGUGUGAGCUCCAUCGUUUAGAGCAAGGUCCUCCGGGCGAGGCAGUGCUGACCAGAGAGGAUGGGCUGAGGUACUACCGGGCGAUGCAGACCAUGAGACGCAUGGAGCUGAAGGCAGACCAGCUCUACAAGCAGAAAAUCAUCCGAGGGUUCUGUCACCUGUAUGACGGACAGGAGGCGUGUGCAGUGGGCAUUGAGGCGGGGGUCAAUCCAACUGAUCACCUGAUCACAGCAUACCGAGCCCAUGGCUACACUUACACCAGAGGAAUUUCUGUUAAAGAGAUCUUGGCUGAGCUAACAGGCCGAAAGGGUGGCGUGGCCAAAGGAAAGGGCGGCUCUAUGCACAUGUAUGCAAAGCACUUUUACGGAGGAAAUGGAAUUGUUGGAGCUCAGGUUCCCCUUGGGGCAGGUGUGGCCCUUGCCUGCCAGUAUCAGGGCAAUAACCAGAUUUGUGUUACACUGUAUGGAGACGGAGCAGCUAACCAGGGUCAGAUCUUUGAGUCCUUCAACAUGGCCGCACUGUGGAAGCUGCCCUGUAUUUUCAUCUGUGAAAAUAACAAAUACGGCAUGGGCACCUCAGUGGAGAGGGCUUCUGCCAGCACAGACUAUUAUAAGAGAGGAGACUUCAUACCUGGCCUCAGGGUCGAUGGAAUGGAUGUGCUUUGUGUAAGAGAAGCCACCAAGUUUGCAGCAGACUAUUGCAGAUCUGGGAAGGGUCCCAUUCUUAUGGAACUCCAGACCUAUCGUUACCAUGGGCACAGCAUGAGCGAUCCCGGGGUUAGUUACCGCACACGUGAGGAGAUCCAGGAGGUGCGCAGUAAGAGUGACCCCAUCUCCAUGCUGAAGGACCGCAUGAUCAGCACCAACAUGGCCAGUGUGGAGGAGAUCAAGGAGAUGGAUGUGGAGAUUCGUAAGGAGGUUGAGGAAGCAGCUCAGUUUGCUACGUCUGACCCGGAGCCCCCGCUGGAGGAUCUGUGUAACCACAUCUUUUACAAUGAGCCGCCCAUGGAAGUGCGCGGCACUAACCCGUGGACGAAGCUCAAAUCCAUCAGCUAA